AUGCCAUCGAAGGGAAAGGAUGAAAAGAAAGGGAAGGGUAAAGGUAAAGCCAAAGGCGAAGACAAGAAGAAGAAGAAGAUGAUAAAAGUUGAGGAAUCUGCCAUGGAGAGAGCCAAGGCCAAUGCCUCCCUUUGGGAGGCCAGGCUGGAAGCCACAGAACUCUCUAGGAUUGAGUAUCGUGAUACUUCCCGGAGACUGGCAAAAUGUAAUGAAGAAUUAAAGAAACAGCAGUAUAGAAUGGAGAAAGACACAAUGUCUGUAUUGAACUACCUGAAGAAACAGGAUCAGGAGAAAGAUAAUCUGAUUGAAAAACUGAAACAGCAAUUGAGUGAAACUAAGGAAAAAGCCCAAGAAGAGAAGGAAAAAUUGGAACAAAAAUAUACUGUGCAAAUCAGUGAGCUGGAGGGACAGUUCCAUCAAAAAGCCAGAGAAAUUGGCAUGAUUCAGACAGAGCUCAAAACAAUAAAACAAUUCCAGAAGAGAAAAAUCCAAGUAGAGAAAGAAUUAGAUGAUCUGAAGGAGGACUUAAGGAACAUAGAGCAGAAACAUCAGGAGACUCUUAGGAGAUUGGAAGGCAGGUUUUUGGAAGAAAAGCACCGACUAGAAAAAGAGGCUGAGAAGAAGAUAAUAAUGCUGGCAGACAGAGCCCACCAUGAAGCUGUUGUGCAAUUGAACAAUGCUGGAAGAGCUGUUUUUAAAGAGAAUAUUUAUCUCCAGAAAGCUCUCGCAUACCACCUGAAGGAAGCUGAUGCUCUACAAAAAAACUCUCAGAAGUUGCAAGAGACUCAAACUUUCCUUUUACAGCAAAAGGAAAUCAAUGAUCUGUUGGUUAAGGAAAAGAUAAUGCAGCUUACCCAGCAGAGAUUACAAAUCCAGAGUCUUCAGAAGAAGGUAGUAAGCUUGGAGACUGCCCUGAGUUGUAUGACCAAAGAGUUUGAGACUGAAGUUUUAAAACUGCAGCAGCAGGCAAUGGUAGAGAACCAAGCGGGUCAGAUUGAAAUUUUCAAGCUGCAGCAUCUUCUUCAGAUGAAGGACAAGGAAAUGAAUCGAGUAAAGAAGCUGGCCAAGAACAUACUAGAUGAAAGAACAGAAGUGGAAAGAUUCUUUUUAGAUGCUCUACACCAAGUAAAGCAACAGAUCCUAUUUAGCAGAAAGCAUUAUAAACAGGUAGCACAAGCUGCUUUCAAUUUUAAAAUGAGAGAGGCAUGUGCAGGAAGAACAGAAUAUCCCAAAAUCCGAACAUUUGAUGGCAGAGAGCACAGCACCAACAGUGUGAAUCAGGAUCUUAUGGAGGCCGAUAAAUGGACAGAUAUUCAAGGAAAUAUGGACAUUGGAGAUUUGACCUGGGAGCAGAAAGAGAAAGUCUUGAGGUUGCUCUUUGCAAAAAUGAAUGGCUUUGUUCCUAGGAAAUACAGCCAGAGUUCUAGACCUCCAGUUCCAGACUAUAUUGGUCCUGAUGAUGAAACAACAAAGGAGUUUGGGGAUGAAAGUAAGCUUCAAGAUCAAACCUUCAUCACCCAGCAAGUGCCAAUCUUAGACUCUACUGGUGAACUGGUGAUACCCAAUAUUCAGAAAUGAUCACAAGAGUCUGACAUAGUAAGGAGUCUGUAA